CCAACUCCCAAUGUUAAAGUGCCUAGGAUAGAACAAGGGUUAAAGCAGAGGUUUUAAGCUGCUGUCCUUGAGAGCCGGUGCCCUCCAUGUUUUUAAACAAACCUGCUUUUGUAGCUUCUAUUGGCAAAACACACCUGGUUCAGGUCAUCAGCAGCAGGUGGAGGCAGGGUUUUUGAAAACCAGCAUGCCGGCCCUCAAGGCCUGGAGUCUGACACCACAAGCUUUGAAAAUCUCAAAGGAACAGCAUCAAAAACAACAGAAAAGUAUUUCACAAAGACAGGAAUUUGACUGUGUUGAAUGAAUUCAACACAACCCUACUGGCUAAAUAUCUAACUAAGCGUUUGUACGUUAUGCAUUUGUUCUUAUAAUAUUUCAAAUGUGGAACAAGGCAACAGAAAAUUGACGCUCGUAAAUCUUGGACCAUGCCAGCGGUAUCUGUUUAUAAAAAGAAGAAUGCGCCUUGACAGUCUUGUAAGAACAGAGCAGUAAAAAGCUGUGGUGUCUCCAUCAAGAAAAAAAAGUUAUUUGCUUCAAUGAGAGAUGUUUCAGAAACAGUCUAAGCCAACUUUUUCUUAAAUCCUACAGUGAAUCCAUCACCAUUAAAUUCAUCCAUUAGAACAGAUCUCCUGAAACGAGAGCUAUUUUUCUAUAACAACAGUUUUCCAUGUGAAGUUCCUCAUACUUUUGGGGUUUUAGGUUCUGAUUAGAGACUGUAUUUAAGAACUGGACAACGUGAGUGUGAUGUCACCCAUGAAAAAUGACUUACCGGUAGUACUUCCAUCUCCAACCAAAUGAAGUCAUUUCAGCCGCUGUUUUUUUGCGAUACGGACACCGCCAUGUUGGAACCAGACAACAUCAGUAACCAGUGAUUGAUGUGAGUAGGUCUGAGUCGUUUCUAUGGAAACCACUCUUGCCAAUCAAGAGUGAGCUUGUUGGAAGUCGAUAUUUGAAAGCAGGCUACACAAAAUCUGUCAAACAUUUCAAACGUUGGAUCUAAGACCACAUCCAUUUAUUGACACAUCUAAUUGCCCAGUUAGUAAAAAAUAUCAAGAAAAAAUAGGGUUAGCAAGAACAUGCUAAAAAAGUAGCAGAGAAGGAAUGAUUUUUCUGACAAAUAGAAUAACUGAGUAAUGGCUGUUUUAUUUCCUAAUAGAAGUCUAUAGGAUUUUUUUCCCAAAAAUAAUUUUCUUUCCAUUUUUAUUUAGACCCAAAAAAUAAAGAUGUUCAGCUUUUUGCGUCAGUAUAGUCAAAAUCUCUCAUAUUUUCUCAUUUUCUCCUUAAGUCAAAAAUGACACUUUAAAGCAAGAAAAACAUUAAAUAACUACAUUUAUCAGUUAUAACCUUUUACUGUCUUCCAUAGCUUUCUGAUGUUUUUGUGUUUUUCACAUGGCAGGCAUUAUAUUUUAAAAGAACAGGUAAUAUUUUAGUAUCUGCAUCAUUAAAUGAAAACGUAAACUUGUUAGAUGCAUUUAUUUUGAAAUAUUGGCUUCUUGGAAGCAGGGGGUACUUCCGGUUUGGAACGCGAAUUUUUUAGUCAACCAGUCCUCCGUGACGUCACUGAGAACUCACAUAAUAAAAACAAUUAAAUAAAAGACUAUACGGUGUCACAUUUUUUUGUACAUAUUUGAACAAGUGAAAGAGUGAACUAGAGAAUCUAGUGUUUACUUUUAGGGGUCCAAUCAGCGUUAAAUGCGAACAGCACGUCACGCUAGUUGCGUUCCAUGAGCUUGGUUAAAUCCACACUCGAUUAAACACUACCAAAAUGCUCGAACAAAUAAAAGGAAUUUACACGUGAGUGAUGAAUUACAUCGACCCUCGUCUUAUAACGACGAGUAACAAAUGACUGCGUCACUGAAACCCACUGACCUCAACAAUGCCCGUUUUUUUUAUUUACAUUUUUCCGAGGCGCUUGAAUGCAGCACUGCAGAGCAGCUAGCAUGGUUCGUUGAUUCGUGACAGAUUAAAGACGUCUGUUGCGACGGACUUCUAUUGCAGCUCCCCCAGGGAAAAAGAGAGCAGAAAAGCAGAAGCAUGUCCGGCGUUCAGAUCCGGAAGUACCAGGAGGAGGACGCGGAGAGCGUGAAGGAGGUGUUCACGUUGGGCAUGAGCGAGCACAUCCCCUCCUCCUUUGUGCACGUUCUCAAACAGCCUCUGACCCAGAUGGUGCUGAUGUGCACCUUCUGCGCGCUGAUAACCAGCUCCAAGUCCUUCCUGCUGCCCGUCCUGGCCGUCACCCUCCUGCUGGCGGUGGCCCGGCUGGGUAUCGUCUACAUGUUCAACAGGUACAUCGAGGCCACGCUCAGCAGCGACCUUCGGGACGUGACUACCAGCUACCUGAGGAGCCCGGACUCCUGCUUCUGGGUGGCUGAAAGCGAGGGGCGGGUGGUGGGCACGGUGGCCUGUCUGCCUGCAGAGAACGCGCCCGGCUGCUUGGAGCUGAAGCGUAUGUCGGUGCGCCGCAGUCAUCGCGGACGGGGCAUCGCUAAGGCUCUGUGUAGGACGGUGGAAGACUUCACCCGGGACAGGGGUUACGCCGCCGUGGUCCUCCACACCUCCAUGGUAGCAAUAGAUGCUCAGAAACUGUACGAGCACAUGGGCUUCAAAAGGAUCAGGGAGUUUGUUCUGCCUGACUUUUUUGGUAAAAUCAUCAACUUCACUCUGAUUGAGUUCAGACUUGAUCUCCAGCCAGACGGACAAAGUGAUUGAAAGUUCAGAAGUUCAUGAGAAAGCCUCAUCUGCAUCUAAACAUGGCAAAAAAAUAAAAAGGUGAAUUUAAGUUUUUUAUUGCACUGCACUUAAUCUUUCAGUGUAAAACAGAGGAAAGUAGGAAUGUUUGAUUUUUGUGUCUUAAUUAUGCAAAGUUUGUAAAGUUCUGCUGCCUUUUCUGCCAGAACUCUGGGUUUCUGAAUGUCUUUGUGCCUGUAAAUGAAUAUUUGACAACUCAAGAAAUCAGAAAAUAGUUUUGAAACUAGAAUUUAUACAAGUUGUUCUUGAAUGCACCAGGUCAAGGGUCUGGACAGUGUGGCAUUCAGGGAACCUUAAGAAAGGUUUUGUUUCAAUGGAGCCUUGCAAUGCAGAAAGUGAUUCACAAAAUGGAGAAACUGGUGACAAUAAAGCAACUAUAUCUACA